AAACAAGGUGAAAGGUGAACAAGAUGGCGCUGCCCAUGUUCCCAAAAUGGUGAUACUUUGCAGGCGGUAGAAAGGCGAGCUCAGGGUCUCUCCAGGCAAGAGGUCUGUGAUGGGGCUUACUGGCUGUCUGCCAGCCUUCCAGAGGAUCUGGGCGACAUCUCUACGAUCCACGAAGGAGCUCCUUCAGGGACCCACAAGCAAGGGCUUCGGUGGCUUGCCCGGACUCCGCAUAAGGGGGCUGUCUGAGGGGUGUCUGGGAAGGGGACGGGCCUCCCCCGGGGUGCCAUCGCUGAAUCCCCGCUUCCACGGUCCCCACCGUCCCUUCCUUGGCCUUCCCCUCGGGUUCCCCUUUGAAGGACGGCCUCGCGGCCUCGCGAAAGCCGCCAAGCGAAAGAGCCUCCGGGAGGUCAAAGCCACCGACGAGACCGCCCCCAUUUUCCAGUACGUGGGAGACCGAGCCAAGAGGAAGGACCGAGUCUUCGUGUGCGGCUUCACCUACUCGGGGGCUCUGGGCAUCCCGUCCUUUGUCGUCCCGGAUGCAGGGAAGAAGCGAAGGCGGAUCCAGCCCACGCCUUACCGCCUGGAGGUGGAGGAGAAGAUUUCUUCUGCUGCCUGUGGCUAUGGGUUUACACUUCUGUCCUCCAGAACAAUGGAUAUUAACAAGAUCUGGGGAAUGGGGCUGAACAAAGAUUCUCAGAUUGGAUUUCAUAGGAGCAGGAAAGAUCGAUCUAAAGGCUAUGAAUAUGUCUUGGAGCCAAGCCCUGUUCCCUUGCCACUGGCCAAGCCACAGCAGAGCAGAGUUUUGCAAGUGUCCUGCGGGAGAGCACAUUCCUUGGUGCUAACAGAUGCAGAAGGAGUCUUUAGCAUGGGCAACAACGCUUAUGGCCAGUGUGGCCGAAAAGUGAUUGAAGGUGAAAUAUACAGCGAGAGCCAGCUCAUUAACAGACUGCAAGGCUUUGAAGAUAGAGUGGUCCAAGUUGCCUGUGGGCAGGACCAUAGCCUCUUCAGGACUGAGAAAGGAGAUGUCUAUUCUUGUGGUUGGGGAGCUGAUGGCCAGACAGGCCUAGGCCAUUACAACAUCGUCAGCGUUCCCACAAAACUGGGCGGAGACAUUGCAGGCGUCCGCAUUGCACAGGUCGCAACCUAUGGAGAUUCUUGCCUUGCUGUGUCUGAGACUGGCGAGCUCUUUGGCUGGGGAAACUCGGAGUAUCUCCAGCUGACGUCUGUUACUGAGAUGACCCAGGUCAACGUGCCCAGACAUUUGCCUUUUAAUAUUGGGAGAGUGAAGGAAGCUGCUUGUGGUGGAACCGGCAAUGCUGUCUUAACUGAGGAAGGCCAUGUUUUUGUGUGGGGCUAUGGAAUUCUUGGGAAAGGACCAAAUCUUAUGGAAACAGCCACGCCUGAGAUGAUCCCACCUUCCCUUUUUGGCUUGUCGGACUUCAAUCCUGACAUCUGCGUGGCCUGGAUCCGUUGUGGACUCAACCAAUUUGCAGCAAUCAACAACCGCGGAGAACUCUUUAUAUGGGGCAAAAAUGUGCGAGGGUGCUUGGGAAUCGGCAGAAUGGAAGACCAAUUCUUCCCCUGGAGGGUGACAGUGCCAGGUGAGGUGGUGGAUGUGGCCUGUGGCGUAGAUCACAUGGUCAUUCUGGUUAAAUCCCUUGUUUAGUACUGUUCCUGCAUGGUAGUGCCUGUCCAGAUGAGCAGGAAGCCAAAUUAUUCAAGCCUUUACUGGGGCCCUCUGGUUAGCCUUUUUGGGGAGAGCUGACCGAAGCCAGGAAGACCUUUGUGAGCCGAUUAGGAGAGAUUGAGCAUGCAGGAACAGUAACCCAAGGAGUGGCUGAAGGACACACAAACAUGGUGGGAUCAUGUGCAGACUUUGCAGUUGGACAUGUAUUGCUAAUGCCAACCAUCCUGGGUUCUUUAAAAACAAAGCACCCCAGUUUUCCUGGGUAGUGUUAGCAUGUUGUUGCUGCGGAGGUCCUGAGACAGCACCAGACAACAGAAUCAUGUCUGUUUAAUAGUAAAGGAGGAUGUGCUGUACUGCAGGGUGACCUGAUGCUUCCAACAGCUUUAGGCGGUGCUUGUGGACCCUCAGAUUAAGUUACAAGCUUGUUUUUUUUAAUGAACAGAGCCAUACAAGAUCACCUCUCAUAAGGUUUCAGCAUACUCAAGGGAGAUC